UGGAGUUUAAUAAAGAAACGAAACAUUCUGACUUCAGAUGCAAACCAUUCUUUGUCUAAUAUGGUUUAUAUUUUCUCUCAUAUAUAGUUGGCCAAAGUCUAUUCUCCUCCUCUAAUGGCGUCCAAAUUCACGGUUAACAAGCAGCUGCUUCUAGCUUCGUCUCUGAUCUACAUCUCUCUCUUCAGUGCCAAACUUGGAAAAGCAGACGAAGAUUUCCCCCAAGGCGCCACGGGUGGGUUUCCCGGCCAAAACUACCCUCAAACUGGCGCCACGGGUGCCACCGGUGGGAACCCUGCUCAAACUUUCCCUCAAACGGGUGCCACCGGUGGGAACCCUGCUCAAACUUCUCCUCAAACGGGUGCCACCAUUGAGGAUCCAGCUCAAAUUGUCGCCAAAGCCUUCCUCUGUUUCAACGAUAAAUAUAUUUACAGCAGCUGUGAGGAAGCUUAUCGGCUGGACCAGACCGGGAACCUGAAAGUGCCACCUGAGCAUACCGAACAAUUCUGCGGUGGCCCAUGCCUGGAGGAGACGAACCUGGUGCUCAGCUGCGUCGAUCAGAUAGCAACACACUUUGAGUUCUAUAACAAGGCCACCAUAGAAGAUGUAAGGGACACUAUCAAAGCUGGAUGCGGCUAUGGCAUCCAUAGAGGUGAUUUUAAUGUGGCAGAGCACAUUCAAACUGAACAGAACAAGGGAAAGCAGAUUGCUGCUCAGAUAAUGGCUGGAUUUGUUUGGAUGAUCUUGUUGCAUGGUUUAGUGCUUUGAUGCUUCUUCUUGUUGUCUAAAAUGAGUUUUAAGAUUUCGAAUGUUCAUGUAUUGAAAGUUAUCUUUGUUCAAAAAAUAUAAUAAAAUUUUUCUUCA